CUGGUUCUGACGCCGUCGGUGAUCCCCGGGUUUCCCGUUAAUAUCCCGACUUUUCCUCCACCGUAUUUGGAUGUUUUUCCGGUCUCGUCGUGAGCCGGGCCCCGCCGGUUUGAGGCGUCCCUCCCCCGCCCUGAAGGAGCAGCAGCGGUCGGUGUCUGGUGGUCUGGAUGCGGACUCACGGAGAUAAAUCGGCGCUUUAAUCUCCGGUUCUUCACCGGCGACAGACGGCGGCGGGAUUUCCUCUUGUUUCAUCUUCUCACGGAGCGACGUUAGAUAGGACGGUUAUUCUAACGACCUCGUGCUGUUUUAACGGCGUUAGCGGACACAUCAUAUUAGAUUCAUUCACCGUUGUGAGUGACAUUCUCCGGUAACCUUCAGACACCAUCCCGGUGUUCCGGUUCUAUGGUUCUUUAAACGUUUCCAGACAAGCGUUCCCCAAGGAACACUGUAAUCUGACUGAAAGAACCUCAAAGGAACCCUCGAGAACAGCUAUUAGAGAACCCUGAUUUAGGUUCUAGUCUCACUGAAAGAACCCGUGAGGAACCAUGGGGAGGAGGUCGUAAAGAACCCUGAUUUAGGUUCUAGCCUCACUGAAAGAACCCGUGAGGAACCAUGGGGAGGAGGUCGUAAAGAACCCUGAUUUAGGUUCUAGCCUCACUGAAAGAACCUGUGAGGAACCAUGGGGAGGAGGUCUUAAAUAACCCUGAUUUAGGUUCUAGCCUCACUGAAAGAACCUGUGAGGAACCCUGGGGAAGAGUUCGUAAAGAACCCUGAUUUAGGUUCUAGUCAGACUGAAAGAACCUGUGAGGAACCCUGAAGAAGGGCUAGUAAAGUACCUGAUUUAGGUCCUAGGGUCACUGAAAGAACCACAGAGCAACGAUUCCACAACAUCUACAAACCAAUUUACUACAGUAUUUAUAGUUUCAGAUGUUACUUUGAAACUAAAUCAGCGAUGACUUCAGAAUCUAACGGAACAUCCUGAGAACGUUUUUUACACUUGAAUUAAAAAGAAUACAAUCAGAACCCUAAAGCCAAACGAUGAGUCACUAUAAAGUCUCCAGCUGUGACAGAAGCACCAACAUCAUUAGUUCAUCAACUACAUCACUACUAUGACGUCAUCACGUAACCCUGUUUAGAUGUUCUCCUGUGAUGAUUGUCACGUGAUCAAUAGGACAAUCCGCCGUUUCCCGAUCAAUCAGUGUUAAACCUCCAACGUUUAGUUUCUUUGGACCCUGACGACCUCUGGAGUCCUUCAUCGUGCUAACGCGAGCUAGCGGGGCCGCAGGUUGGAGUUAUUGAAAGUGUAGUUGUCUGUUAAAGGGCCGACAAUGGUGGACUACUGCUCCCAGCAGCAUGGAAAGGAUUCCUCGUAGAUACCGCUACGAGGAGACCGCCCGCAUCCUAUCAAACUACCUGGUUUGAGCCCAGAAGACGAGAACAUUUUGAACCUGGUGGAUCUUUAACCUUGAGUCUCUGUCUGAAGCCUCCAUGUCGGACAAGACGGCGCCGCGCUGCCAGCUGAGGCUGGAAUGGAUCCACGGUUACCGAGGACACCAAUGCCGUAACAACCUGUACUACACCGCCGGGAAGGAGGUGGUUUACUUCGUGGCUGGAGUGGGUGUGGUCUACAACACCCGAGAACACACCCAGAAGUUCUACUUGGGACACAACGAUGACAUCAUCAGUCUGGCGAUCCAUCCAGAUAAGGUCCAGGUGGCGACGGGUCAGGUGGGUAAAGACCCAUUCAUCUGUAUCUGGGACACCUACUCCAUGCAGACCGUGUCCAUCCUGAGGGACGUCCAUACACACGGAGUGGCCUGUCUGGCUUUCGACUCUGACGGACAGCGGAUUGUGUCUGUUGGUUUGGACGCAAAAAACACAUUGUGUGUUUGGGAUUGGAGGAGAGGACGAGUCAUCGCCAUGGCAACCGGACACUCAGACAGGAUCUUUGACGUGGCCUGGGAUCCGUUUCAGUCCAGCCGGCUGGUGAGCUGUGGAGUCAAACACAUCAAAUUCUGGACUCUGUGUGGGAACGCUCUGACUCCAAAGAGAGGCGUGUUCGGGAAGGCGGGCGACCUGCAGACCAUCCUGUGUGUCUCCACGGCCAAAGAGGAGCUGACCUACUCCGGCGCUCUGAACGGAGACGUGUACGUGUGGAGAGGAGUCACUCUGAUCAGGACCGUCCAGGCUGCACACGGGGCGGGGAUCUUCAGCAUGCACUCCUGUGAGGAAGGAUUCGCCACGGGAGGACGAGACGGAUGCAUCCGCCUGUGGGACGUUGACUUCAAACCCAUCACCAAGAUCGACCUGAGGGAGGCGGAGCAAGGCUACAAAGGUUUGUCCAUCCGCAGCGUUUGCUGGAAGGCCGACCGGAUCCUGGCGGGGACGCAGGACAGCGAGAUCUUUGAAGUGAUGGUGCGAGAGCGCGACAAGCCGGUGCUGCUGAUGCAGGGUCACAGCGAGGGUGAGCUGUGGUCACUAGACCUGCACCCCAAACAACCGGUGGCUGUCACAGGCAGCGACGACCGCUCCGUCAGGCUGUGGAGUCUUCCCGACCACACACUGCUGGCUCGCUGUAACAUGGAGGAAUCUGUCCGUAGCGUUUCAUUCAACAAUGACGGCUCUCAGCUGGCUCUGGGCAUGAAGGACGGAUCAUUCACCGUGCUGCGUGUCAGGGACAUGACAGAGGUUGUGCACAUCAAGGACAGGAAGGAAGUAAUACAUGAGCUGAAGUUUUCACCCGAUGGUUCCUUCCUGGCGGUGGGAUCAAACGAUGGGAUGGUGGACGUCUACGCCGUCGCUCAGCGUUACAAGAAGGUGGGCGAGUGCAGCCGUUCCGCCUCCUUCAUCACCCACCUGGACUGGUCAGUGGAUAGCCGCUUCCUGCAGACCAAUGACGGCGCUGGAGAGCGGCUCUUCUACAGGAUGCCAGUGGGGAAACUGGUUCCUAAAGAGGAGGCAAAGGGGAUCCACUGGAUGACAUGGACAGGCGUCAUCGGUCCAGAGGUGAACGGCAUCUGGCCCAAAUACUCCAACGUCACCAACGUGAACUCUGUGGAUGCCAACUACAGCAGUGCCGUGCUGGUGACUGGAGACGACCUUGGCCUCCUCAAACUCUUCAGAUUCCCCUGCGUCAAGAAAGGCGCCAAAUUCAAGAAGUACAUCGGCCACUCCGCCCACGUUACAAAUGUCCGUUGGUCCAACGACCUGCAGUGGGUCAUCAGCACCGGCGGCGCCGACCACGCCGUCUUCCAGUGGAGGUUCCUGCCCGAGGGUGUGAUGAACGGCGUCCUGGAGCCCCUCCUCCAAGAGGGUUACGCCGACUCCAACAGCGGGGAGUCUGACUCUGACGUGUCGGACGUCCCAGAGCUCGACUCGGACAUCGAGCAGGAAGCUCAGACCAGCUACGAGCGUCAGGUGUAUAAGGAGGACCUGCCCCAGCUGAGGAACAAGCUGAUUGGUUCCCUGAAGCGGCAGAAAGCCCCGGAGGAGGGGCUUCGCCUGCAGUUUGUUCACGGGUAUCGGGGCUUCGACUGCCGUAACAACCUCUUCUACAGUCAGACGGGGGAGGUGGUCUACCACGUGGCCGCCGUCGCCGUCGUCUACAACCGCCUGCAGCACAGCCAGAGGUUUUACCUCGGCCAUGACGACGACAUCCUCAGCCUCACCGUGCACCCGCUCAAAGACUACGUGGCCUCAGCACAGGUGGGCAGAGACCCGGCCGUCCACGUGUGGGACAUUCAGACUCUGAAAUGUCUGUCUCUGUUGAAGGGACACCACAGCAGAGGAGUGUGUGCCCUGGAGUUCACAGCGGACGGGAAGAGUUUGGUCUCGGUCGGUAUUGAUGAAUUUCACUCCAUCGUCAUCUGGGACUGGAAGAAAGGCGAGAGGCUGGCGAAGGCCAGGGGUCAUAAGGACAAAACCUUUGUGGUGAAGAGUAACCCGUUCAGGAUGGACAAGCUGGUGACUGUCGGCAUGAAGCACAUCAAGUUCUGGCAACAUUCAGGCGGCGGCCUGACCUUCAAACGGGGGAUUUUCGGGAACCUGGGGAAGCAGGAGACGAUGAUGUCGGCGUGUUACGGUCGGUCGGAGGACCUGGUCUUCUCCGGAGCAACAAACGGAGAUGUCUACAUCUGGAGGGACACCACACUCAUCAAGACCAUCAAGGCCCAUGACGGACCGGUGUUCGCCAUGUGCUCCCUGGACAAGGGCUUUGUGACCGGGGGGAAGGACGGCGUGGUGGAGCUCUGGGACGACAUGUUCGAGAGGUGUCUGAAGACGUACGCCAUCAAGAGGGCCGCUCUGUCUCCGUCCUCUAAAGGUCUGCUGCUGGAGGACAACCCGUCCAUCAGAGCCAUCACAUUGGGUCACGGUCACAUCCUGCUGGGGACCAAGAACGGAGAAAUCCUCGAGAUCGACAAGAGCGGACCGAUGACGCUGCUGGUUCAGGGUCACAUGGAGGGAGAGGUUUGGGGUUUGGCGGCUCAUCCUCUACUUCCUGUCUGCGCCACCGUCAGUGACGACAAAACUCUGAGGAUCUGGGAGCUGUCAGCAAAUCACCGAAUGGUCGCUGUCCGCAAACUCAAGAAAGGUGGGCGCUGCUGUGCCUUCUCCCCUGACGGUAAGGCUUUGGCAGUGGGCCUGAACGACGGCAGCUUCCUGGUGGUGAAUGCAGACACGCUGGAGGACAUGGUGACCUUCCACCACCGCAGAGAGCUCAUCUCAGACGUCCGCUUCUCCCAAGAUGCAGGAAAGUACCUGGCGGUGGCCUCCCAUGACUCCUUUGUGGACAUCUACAAUGUCUUGACCAGCAAGAGGGUCGGCAUCUGUAAAGGAGCCGGGAGCUUCAUCACUCACAUCGACUGGGACUCUCGAGGUAAACUGCUGCAGGUGAACACCGGAGCCAAAGAGCAGCUCUUCUUUGAGGCCCCACGAGGACGCAAACAGAACAUCAGCCUGCUGGAGUUUGAGAAGCUGGACUGGGCGAGCUGGACGUCCGUUCUGGGUCCGACCUGCGAGGGAAUAUGGCCGCUGCUCAGCUGCGUUCACGCCACUUCGCUCACCAGAGACCGCAAACUGCUCGCCACCGGAGACGACUUUGGCUUCCUCAAGCUGUUCAGCUUCCCGUCCAGGGGCCAGUUUGCCCGGUUUAAGAAGUACGUGGCUCACAGCACCAACGUGACCAACGUCCGCUGGUCCAACGACGACGGCGUGCUGCUGUCGGUGGGCGGCGCCGACACGGCGCUGAUGAUCUGGACCCGAGAGCCGGCGGGUCACAAAGAGAGCAAAGCCGUGGACAGCGAGGAGUCGGACGACGACACAGAGGAGGACGGAGGGUACGACAGCGAUGUGGCCCGCGAGAAGGUGGUGGACUACGUCACCAAGAUCUACUCUGCCAGCAUCAGGAACAUGUCAGGAACCAGACCUCACCUGCAGCUCAAAGAGCUUCCUGUGGAAGAGAGGCCUCCUGUGAGUCGAGCGGCUCCGCUGCCUGACAAGCUGCUUAAGAACAAUGUGACCAAGAAGAAGAAGGUGGUGGAGGAGUUGGUGCUGGAGCACGUUUUCGGCUACAGAGGCUUCGACUGUCGCAACAACCUGCACUACCUCAACGACGGAGCCGACAUCAUCUUCCACACAGCUGCUGCCGUGGUCCUGCAGAACCUGUCCGCGGGAAGCCAGAGUUUCUACCUGGAGCACACCGACGACAUCCUCUGCCUGACCGUCAAUCAACACCCAAAGUACCAAAACGUCGUCGCCACGGGACAGAUCGGUGACACGGCUGACCUGCCAGGCCUCGCUCCUUCCAUCCACGUCUGGGACGCCAUGACCAAGCAGACGCUGUCCAUCCUCCGCUGCUCCCACGCCAAAGGCGUCGGCUACGUCAACUUCAGCGCCACAGGAAAGCUGCUGCUGUCCGUGGGGGUGGAGCCCGAGCACACCAUCACAGUGUGGAGGUGGCAAGAAGGCACCAAGGUGACCUGUAAAGGAGGCCACGCUGAGCGCAUCUUCGUGGUGGAGUUCAGACCGGACUCCGACACCCAGUUUGUGUCGGUGGGGAUCAAACACAUCAAGUUCUGGACUCUGGUCGGAGGCUCACUGGUGUACAAGAAAGGCGUGAUCGGCUCGGUGGAGGACGGCCGCAUGCAGACCAUGCUGUCUGUGGCCUUUGGCGCCAGCAACCUGACGUUCACCGGCGCAAUAAAUGGAGACGUCUACGUGUGGAGGGAGCACUUCCUGGUCCGAGUGGUGGCCAAGGCCCACAGCGGGCCGGUCUUCACCAUGUACACCACGCUGAGGGACGGGCUCAUCGUCACCGGAGGGAAGGAACGCCCGACCAAAGAGGGCGGUGCCGUGAAGCUGUGGGACCAGGAGAUGAAGCGCUGCAGAGCCUUUCAGCUGGAGACCGGCCAGCCGGUGGAGAACGUGCGAUCCGUCUGCAGAGGGAAGGGUAAAAUCCUGGUGGGCACCAAAGAUGGCGAGAUCAUAGAGGUGGGAGAGAAGAACGCGGCCUCCAACACCAUGAUCAACGGACACACUCAGGGGGGCAUCUGGGGUCUGGCAACCCAUCCCUUCAAAGACGUCUUCAUCUCCGCCAGCGACGACGGGACCAUCCGGAUAUGGGACCUGGCUGAUAAGAAACUUCUGAACAAGGUGAGUUUGGGCCAUCCGGCCAAGUGCACCUGCUACAGUCCCAACGGGGAGAUGGUCUCUAUCGGAAUGGAGAACGGGGAGUUCAUAGUCCUGCUGGUCAACUCGCUGAGCGUCUGGGGCAAGAAGAGAGACCGCAGCAUCGCCAUCCGGGACAUACGGUUCAGUCCGGACAACCGCUUCCUGGCCGUGGCUUCGGUUGAGAGUGCGGUGGAUUUCUACGACCUCUCUCUUGGGCCGUCCCUCCACAGGAUCGGCUACUGUAAGGACAUCGCCGGCGCCGUCAUCCAGAUCGACUUCUCUGCUGACAGCAAACACGUCCAGGUGUCCACCAACACCUACACUCGGCAAGUGCAUGAAGUUCCCUCAGGAAAGAUUGUCACAGAGCAGACUGUACUGGAGAGGAUCACCUGGGCUACCUGGACCAGCAUCCUCGGUGACGAGGUCCUGGGGGUCUGGCCCCGUAACGCAGAGAAGGCCGACGUCAACUGUGCUUGUGUUUCCCUCGCCGGCCUCAACCUGGUGACCGGAGACGACUUCGGCCUCAUCAAGCUCUUUGACUUUCCCUGCUCUGAGAGAUUUGCGAAACACAAGCGCUACUUCGGUCACUCCGCCCACGUCACAAACAUUCGCUUCUCCUGCGACGACAAGUUUGUGAUCAGCGCCGGAGGCAGCGACUGCAGUUUAUUUGUGUGGAAAUGUCAGUGAGGGAACCCCACCUGAGUCCUCCAUCAGAGUUCUACCUCUUCCUUUCGUCUUCCUCCUGUGAUGCUGCAGUCGUAUAAGUCUUCCUUCUCCUCCUCUUCCUCCUCUUCCUCCUGUGAUGCUGCAGUCGUAUAAGUCUUCCUUCUCCUCCUCUUCCUCCUCUUCCUCCUGUGAUGCU